GAUGUGUAGCGGCUGAGCUGAACGCCAAUGCUGACGAAUGGACUCCGUCGCCGAGAGCACGCCCUGUCAGAUGAACUAAAUCAAUAUAAAUAUAAGCACCAUCCUCAAGCCAUGAUGAAUUCCUUUCAGGAGCUUUGACGAGGCAUCGUGCAUCUCGAAAACCAUCUCUUCUGGAGACAUAGUCAUAUAUAUCUCGGCAUAUAACCACUAUCUGUUUAUAUACAAAAUGACACGCCUCGAGCGCAGUCCCUACAAACGACUCAUUGUCUGCUGCGAUGGAACCUGGCAAGACUCCACAGCCGACUCUGCGGACCCACCGUCCAACGUGACCCGGUUGAGUCGAACACUCAGUCAGACAGCGAUCGUGGAAGAGAAUGGUGUCAGGAAAGAAGUCCCGCAGAUCGUCUACUAUCAAAAGGGGGUUGGCACCGGCCUAGGUGACAAAUACAUGGGCGGCGUCACCGGACUAGGCGUGAGCGCCAACGUCCGCGCCGCAUACGGUUUCCUGACCGACAACUACACCGAGGGCGACGAGAUCUUCUUCUUCGGCUUCUCCCGCGGCGCCUACACCGCGCGCGCGAUCGCGGGACUCGUUUGCCGCUGGGGACUGCUCACGCACCGCGGCAUGGACAACUUCACCAACGUGUACGACGACUUCUACGAGAAGCAGGUCCCUGACUACACGCCCGAGGAACGACGCCGGCUGGGGUUCCGGGAGGAGCUGCCGCCCUUCACCGUCAAGAUCAUCGGCGUCUGGGACACGGUGGGGUUCCAGAAGGCCUGGCUCGGCAAGGACCUGGGCGAGCGCCUGGAACUCCGGAACACCUACCUGCUCCCGAACGUCAAAUAUGCCUUCCACGCCCUGGCGCUGGAUGAAGAGCGCACCGCCUACUCCCCGAUCCUCUGGCAUGUGCCGCGCCCGAACCCCGGCCAGGAGCUUCUCCAGGUCUGGUUUUCCGGCGUCCACACCGACGUCGGGGGCGGCGGGAAGGACCCCCACCUGGCGAACAUCCCCCUGGCGUGGAUGAUCGCUCAGUGUAUGAAGGACGGCCAGCUCAGCUUCGAUAUCGACGAGUAUCUCUUUGACGUGCCCCCGCGGGUCGCGGAGAGCGACCUCGCUCCGUGGGCGACCAGUCAAGGCAAGUCCGACACGGCGAGUCUGGUCCGCACGCUGGAGGGCGUAUUCGGCGGUACCUCGCACCGGACGCCGCUCGGAUAUAACCCCAAGGGCGAGGAAGGCGACUUCACCGGGGAAUACAUCCACGAGUCGAUCAAUGAUCGCAAGCUGCGCGGCUGGAGCUGGCCCUGUGCUACCCUGAAAGGGAAGAGGGACAAUGGUACUUGGACCCUGGCGGACUCAAAGACAAUUUUGGAGAUUCGCGCAUUGGAGAGAGAAAGGUACAUGAAGGGCAGAAUCAGGACGGUCCACGUUGAGGAGGUGGAUUAGACUGUUCCUCGGACGGUUGAAUUGUGGGUGCAGCCCGGACGGCUAUUUUGAGGUUUGUCGGGGUCAUAUAUUCCUGGGGUCUAGAUUGCGUACCUUUGGAGUUUGGAGUUUGUAUCGUCAGCAAUGUCCUUUCUUCGUUCAAGGUAUACUUAUUGGGUAAAUUGUGUUGGGUGUGGUGGACUGCAUAGAUGAAUCCACAGAGGAAGUCUUCC